AUAAUCUUACAUUCGAUACAUACAUGUAAUAGCACCGAAUUGGUUACAAACAUGAUACGAUUGCUGUUAUUCUUUUGGGUAUCAAAAUUAUCAUGGCUGCUAGUUAGUGCUUCCUACCAAGACUGCAUUGAUGCCAUAGAUACAGGAUGUAGACAUGGAGUUACCGACCUAAAUAAAUAUUGUUUGACUGACGGCAGGAUUAUAAAUGGGAGUUGCAAUUUCCACAAGGAAUUUUGUCUUCAGACAUAUUUCCAUAAUGAGACAAUUGAGCUUCUAAGUCACGGCACUCAUUGUCAGUACCAUGAUCACAAUCAACAGUAUAACCCUAACAUUACAACUGGAUCAGUCAAUUUAUUCUCUAAUAUGAUUCAUGGUAUAGAUGAUCGUCUAAAAGCAGUAGAGAUUGCAGGACAUACUUCAAAAGAAGCUAUCAAAAUAUUCUCAAAGCAGGAUCAUACUCAUAAAAUAUACACCAGAAAUACAAAUUGCUGGGCAUACGGACUAGAUUUAUCAUGUAUAUCUCCAUGGAAUAGCUACGGCAACAAUAGGAAAGCCGGCACACUUCUGUCACCUCGUCAUGCUGUGUGGGCUAGGCAUUACAGUAUCAAAGUAAAUUCAACUCUCCGAUUCGUUGAUCAAAACAAUAAUGUCUUCGAUCGAAAAAUAAUCAAAACAAAAGCUAUACCCGUCAGAACAAAUUCCACGAACCACCGGGUAUAUCUUUCUGGCUUCGAUAUGGUUAUUGGUCUUUUGGAUAGCGACGUUCCUUCAACUAUAAGUUUUGCAAAAGUACUUCCGAAAUAUUUUAAAGAAUUCCGUCCAACGCGUAUGUAUGUAAGGCUACCAACUCUGUGUACGGAUUUUGAAGAAAAGGCAUUGGUUGACGACUUUUCAAGUCAGACAAACAACAUGGCUCGCUUAACAGUUCCGUUCCGGAAUACAACACGUUACCAGUAUUAUGAGCCUAAGAUAAGUGGAGAUAGCGGCAAUCCAUGUUUCUUUGUCGUCGAAAAUGAACUUGUAUUUCUUUUCGUUUUUACCUUCGGUGGAGCGGGCUCUGGCACUUCCAUUCAGUAUCACCAUGAUGAUGUUAAUCAAAUUAUGCAUAGUCUUGGUGGAGGAUAUCAGCUUACAGAGGUUGAUCUGUCUAAAUACCUUGGGAAUCAUGACAUAAGUAGCCUAUUUGGGUAAAAACGUGGCUUUCUUGUUGCGUUUAAUUCAAACUUUCCUCUUAUAUUCAUUAUUUUACUGGUUGGGCGUAUU